AUUGCCUUGCCCGUGGCCCGUGCCCGCCAAAUAAUUAAACCUUCUUCUCUGUUCUCUCAAUCAGUCAGUAGAGUAAUAAUCAUCAUUCUUCACUCUCUGGUCUCUGUAAACCUUCUUCUAAUCCAUAGCCACUUCCUCUCUCUCUUUCUCUCACAGAGCGUCUCUGGCUUGCCUUCGCAUUAAAUGCAAUUUCUCUGCACCACCACCUUUCCUUAAUAAUCUCUCUUUCUCCCUCCAUUUCAGACAGAGCAGGUACCACUCGUCAUGGAAAGCUCCUGAACUCGUAUGACUGUGAACUAAUUCUCUCCACUUCCGAUCAAAUUUCUCUUUUCCGUUGAACGAGCUCCGUCUGGCACCUGGGACAAAUUUGCUCUAGAAGACCUCUGAAUCCUUGGAUCCACGUUUGACUAAAAAUAAUCAAACCCUAGUUGAAGUUUCUGUCCGGGCUUACUUGAGGUUUCAAGUGCCUUUGGUUGCAACUCUAUGCGCGAUAAUCUUUCUAAAUAUGAAUAAUUUUGCUGGUUGACCACUGGACCAAUCCCGGGAUUUCUAGUGACAUCUGUAUCCGGCAAAAGUAGGAUUCUGUCCUUCGUUUCCUUCGGAUGCCUAUGUUUUGGAGCUGAGCAGAUGGGGUGUUGUGUAUCGGUAAGUAGUGGUUGCAGUAGCAGUAGUAGCAGGAACAAUGAAGAGGCAAUUUCCUCCUCUUGCCUGGGAUUCAGAUCAUGCAGGACCAAGAGACUGAAGAAAUCAUUGUCUGAGCAUGUCACUACAUUGCAGCGUUUGCCUUCUAUUUCCAACCGAAUCUUUGCAAAUGGAAACAGCAGAACUUCUUGCAUAUUCACCCAACAAGGGCGCAAGGGCAUUAACCAGGAUGCCAUGGUUGUUUGGGAAGAUUUCAUGUCAGAAGAUGCAAUCUUUUGUGGGGUCUUUGAUGGUCAUGGCCCGCAUGGUCAUCUUGUUGCCCGCAAAGUGAGGGAUACCCUGCCAUUGAAGCUACUCUCUUUCCUUCAAUCUCAAGAAUCAAGGCAAAAUGGCUUGGGCAAUAAUUGUUUUAGUAGAAAAGCAAAACCAGAUUCCAUGGAUAAGGAGUCUGAGAAGGAUGAUCCAACUGAGGACCUGGGAUCUUUGUGGAGAGAAGCUUUCCUCAAGUCAUACAAAUCCAUGGACAAGGAGCUAAGGUCCCAUCCUACUCUGGACUGCUUUUGCAGUGGUAGCACUGCCGUCACUAUAGUUAAACAGGGGUUGAAUCUCUUCAUGGGAUACAUUGGUGAUUCCCGUGCAAUCCUGGGUUCCAGGGACAGCAAUGGUUCCAUGGUUGCAGUACAGUUGACAGUUGAUCUAAAGCCUGAUUUACCAAAGGAAGCCGAGAGGAUUAAACGGUGUAAAGGAAGGGUCUUUGCUCUGCAAGAUGAGCCUGAAGUUCCUAGAGUUUGGUUGCCAUUUGAUGAUGCUCCUGGAUUAGCAAUGGCUAGGGCAUUUGGGGAUUUCUGUCUGAAGGACUAUGGAGUGAUAUCUAUACCUGAAUUCUCUCAUAGAAUACUUACAGAGAGAGAUCAAUUUAUUGUUCUUGCCUCAGAUGGAGUUUGGGAUGUCUUGAGCAAUGAAGAAGUGGUUGAGAUUAUUUCUUCAGCUCCAACCCGAUCAUCAGCUGCACGGAUCCUAGUAGAGUCAGCUGCUCGCGAGUGGAAACUAAAAUAUCCCACUUCAAAAAUGGAUGAUUGUGCAGUAGUGUGCUUAUUUCUGGAUGGCAAGAUGGACUCUGAAUCAGAGGCAGAAGAGCAAGGUAUAUGUACUGCCAGUUAUUGUGGCCAUCAGCCUUCUGCUGCAACUGAGUCAGAUGAUGGCCAAAACUCGGAACCAUCUCUACAGAGGAAUUUUACAGUGAGAACAGCAGAAGAGAGCAACCAAAACGACAGAAUACCUGUUGAAGUUGAGGGAGAGGAUGGAACUGUAAUAGUUGAUGACCAAAACUGGUCAGGUUUGGAAGGUGUGACACGAGUCAACUCGCUUGUUCAACUUCCAAGAUUCUCCACAGAGAAGCCGAAUGCUUGAUUCGUGCAUUUCUGAAUGGUGCAUCUGUUAUGUAUUUCUUGUAAUUCAAUGGCUUAGGAUCCUCAGAAAUGCAAUCAAAUUAGAAAAGUCUUCCCAGGGCGCUGUAAUUGGGUCGAAAACUUUUGACAAGUGGCUACACUUAAUUUGUUAUUAGGGGCGUUGGUCUGGGGAGGAGGCACACGAUCAGUUAUGGUACAUCCGGUAACAGUAUGGAACAGUGACGUGUUUGCUUCUGCUUGGUGUUCCUAGCCUGGUUUCAACAUCUUGUUUCUAGCAGAUCUAGUGUCCACAAUCACAUAUCAGGGAUAGAGAUUUGACUUUAGGGUUAAAAUUGAAUCAGUCGGGCGGAGUCAACUCGCUUAAACGUAUACCAGGGGGCCAGGUGAAUAAUGAUGAUAAAGGGGUCGCAGACUCUGGUGUUUCUGUAUAGGCAAACCCGUUGAUUUCUUACCAACCAUGAUAAGUUGAAAUUUAGCUCUGAGGAACAUCUGCGUUUCAAAAUUUGAUAAAACCUUGAAGCCCAGAAACUGCAAUUGCCGUGGUCUGUGUAUAUGAUUUAAUCUGAGGAACAAAUUGGACUGGUGAGUGAAGAUCCCUCUUCUCAUUUUGGUCGGUGUCGUCAUGGGCACUAAGCAUGUUUACUUUUAUAAUGAUCUGGUGGAGAGUGUGUUCUUAGAUUGUUCUUCUAGUGUGGGAGCCCAAAUUGUUCAUUUAUUAAAGUUAAUCCACUAGAAUUUUCUAA